CAUGCUUGCAAAAAUAACCCUCAGCGGCUAAGCUGUCUUUUAGUUAGACCAGUAUCAUAGUCGUCAUUGUUGUCGUUAUCGUCACUGCCGCCCAACAUCAUGUUGUACCCGGACCCGCUUAUAGAAGUGUAAGUGUGGAUGGAUAUGGAAAAUGUAUCUGGCAGACUGUGUUUAUAAAAUAACGGCCUAUAUGCACUGUUCUAUGUUCCUUGACGCAACUCUAACUUCUGGCCUCUUCAGCUUCGACGGCGCGAUUAUGGUGCGAAGGCUUGAGAGUCCCGACCGCUCCUUUGCCUUCGAGGUGACAUUCCUGGUCGACCACCCUCUGCUUGUGGCCCUUUCGGCGCGGAAACCGCCCCUGCACUUCCACCCUCACCAGGAGGAAUAUAUCCAAGUGCUGGAGGGAUCAUUGGCCGUGGAAAUUGAAGGCGAGGAGACGAUAUUGUUGCCUGACAGGGGCGAGCUUCGCGUACGGCCCUGGACGAAUCACCGCUUAUAUUCGCCCCAAAAACUACCGGGAGAGGCGGAAGAGGGAGCCUAUAGAGUAUCAACGGCUUCCCGAGAUCAGAGGAAGACUGUGUUUCUACUUUCAGGGGCCCAGACUUCUGAGGUGUUCCAGCUCGAUACGAUGUUCUUCCAGAAUUGGUACGGGUAUCAGGACGAAAUGGUCAUGAGUGGAAAAGAGCCUAGCCUCAUCAUAACUAUGUGCAUGUUUGAUGCCGGCGGCUCAUAUCUAUCUCUACCGAAAUGGUUUCCAUUUAGCUAUCGCCUCGCCCAGAUUUUGGGAAUUGUUGUAGGCCGUUGGCUUGGUGCUCUUCUUGGAUACCAGCCAUUCUACCCAAAGUGGACUACGAAUUGGAGAUUAGCGUGCGAGAAGAUGGAGACAUCGCUUCUUCUGAAACGAAUAUCUGGAAAGGAAAGACGAGAAUAGUAAUGCUUCUAGCUAAACCGGCUGAAGGAACGUCGCAACACAAGAAAGCAUGCAGCGAAAGUCGGGUGCUAUUCCGGCGCUGGAGUCAUUGUUCAGACCUUUCAUCCUCAGCUGAUAUCAGCGGAAACCUGAAAUUUAAAUUUUCAAAGCUGUACUGCCCGUGGUGACUUUCGUCCAAUCGAGGGUCUUGGCCCAUAGCUUC